ACAUAAAUCUCAAGGCAUGUUUAGUACUGCUAAGGUUGUUUCUUCUUAGGACUCUGCUCAAUAGAAUUCCGAUUUGAAGGGCGUGGUUUUGAGACGAGGAUAUAUCCAAUUCCCUUCAAGCUUCAAAGUCAAAACUUUUCCCAUGGAUUCACUUCUGGUUGUUCUCAGAUCAUUAAGGGUCUAAUUGAUAAAGGCUGAGGUAGUUGUGUUAAAAUUAAAGGUAAAGAAACAUAUGGAAUGUUCCUUCUAUUUAAUGGUCUUGCAAAGAGCCGUUCAACAAGGACAGCUAUUAAUUCAACAUUCAAAGCCAAAAUUUGAACAGACACCUUGAUGAGAAGGUAAUCGUUCACCAAGAUGGCUAUAAAAGGGAAGUGUGAGAAACGGGGCUGAAGUGACCUCCCAGUUCAAAUUGUCAUGGCCUCAUCCAGAUCUCCGGCUUCAGGUGGAAUAAUUAUGAAACAAACCUGGUAUUUAUUUGAUGGUGUUCAAUUCGAUCCUAUUGUUGUUAUAUGCAAGGCUCACACUGAAAUUGAUCGGUGCUUAAGUCUUUUGGGUCCCAUGCCAUCUGCAACUUUGACACUCUUGGCCCCUGGAUUGGUGGAAGUGUGGUCUAAACCUGUUGUAAAUUUUUUAAAAGUGAACAGCAAUGUUUCUUUCAAACAUGGUGUGGGUUCGGUUGGACUAGUCAUUCGGGAUCAUAUUGGUACUUUUCUUCUUGCAGAAGCCUUGCCUAUUAAAUGUGAAAGUUCCAUCAUGGCUGAAGCUUUGGCUCUUUAUCAUGGUCUACUUUUAGUCCAAGAGCUUCGAUUAUCAUACGUUAUUAUUGAAGGUGAUGCUUAUAGUAUUUUCAAACUCAUGUUGGUGGAUGAUUUCCAUCCACCAUGGCAAUUGAUCCAUAUCAUUACUGCCUGCAAGAGCCUUUUACCUAACCUUCAUUCUUGCUCGGUGAACUGUGUGUGACGGACGGCAAAUGUUGCUAGUCAUUUAGUUGCCAAACGGGGUUUAUCUUUGUCUAGACUUUUUACUUGGUCUACUAUUCUGGAUUUUUUAUGUAAUAUUGUUGAAAUGGAUUCUUCA